CGGGGCCGCCGAGGGUGAGUCAACGCCAGCCGGGAAGAGACACGCACACGCUGGACCGUAACAGAGAACCGCGUGGCUGGGAGAGGAGAGGUCGGAGCGCGCCGUGACUGGCAAGGUGUCACCAUGAAAGAGGAGGUGGAAACCGGCGUCAGGUUCAUCUCUCGCCUGGUGAACCGGCACGACAAGCUAGCCAAGGAGCAGGUGCGGCUCUUCGGGGAGAGCUUGGUCACGGUGCUGUGCGAGCGGUUCAACCAACACUGGUACCCCGAGAACCCUCUCAAAGGACAGGCGUACAGGUGCAUCCGGAUCAACAGAUGGCAAAAAGUGGACGAUACACUCCUGAAGGCCUGCACCGACUGCGGCCUGGAUUACUCGGAGCUGGCGUUGCCCCGCGAAGUCUCAAUCUGGAUCGAUCCUGGUGAAGUCUGCUGCAGGCUGGGUGAGAACAACCAGUAUUUCAAGGUCAAGGACGAAGAGAGAAGCAGUGGCAGAGCAUCACCGGAGCUGGAGACGUCCGACUACCAUUCCGAGUCUCCUUCGGAGUGCUCAUCGGAGGACGAGGGGCCGGCUAAAACCGUGGCAGCAACACCAGCAGCGCCGAGCAAAAAUCAGCCUGCCGGAAGCAGUUCUACCAAACAGACGCCACAGUAUUUCUACAUGCCGUCUCCUCUCUGGGUCCCGAAUCCCCAGCCAUUGAUCAGCUACAUCCCGGCUUAUCCACCCGUCACCGUCUACUACAUCGACGUGGCCUCGAAACCACCGGCUCGCAGGAAGCCCAACCCGAACCUCGUGAAGCGGCUCACCAACCGGGCUUCCAAAGCGUGAAGUGGGCGGGAGAGGCUGGGCGGAGCCGGUAGGCCGCAGGCCUCGCCCAGCUCUCUCCAUAAGAUGCCUCUAGGCGUUGGGCCUAGUCUGCAAAGACAAAUGGGGCCAUUAAUUUCAGAAUCUGGCGGUCAUUUUAUUCCCUCCUGGUGAGAACUGAAUCCUAGGGAUUCUUCUCAGAAGUAUACGCUAGGUGAAGGGAUCCUGGCUGUCUCUUAAUCUCUCCCCCCACUCAACUCUUAGGCAUGGAGGGGAGGAUUAUUUUAUCCCAUGGUGCUGAAACAAGUGUAGCAUUCCGAUUGUGUAUUAACCAGCACUUGUGUGUAUAGUAUGGACCAGAAGGGAGGGGUGCUCCCAUACUGGACAGAGAUGAAACUCCGAACCAGACUAUUGGGGGAUGUAUUUCCUCUCCGGCAGGGAAAUGAAGUUUUUAAAAUAUAUAUAUUUGCAGGUUUCAAAAAAUAAAUAAAUAAAAAAGGGUUCUGUUUUUGAUCUCGUGAACAGAUUGAGAUUCUGCGAAGAAGAUCCAGGGACUGGGGUUCUUGCCUCCUUCUUUCUCCCUGUCUCUGACUUUCCUUAACAGAUUUCCCGUUUCCGUGACACUGGAAUAGCAACAGCAGCGAUCUGUGCUUUCAAAAAAACAAAACAAAAAGAGACGCUCUAGAUUCUGGAGACAAGAAAACUAGGCAUGGCUUUGCUUGUGGAUAAAUGAUCGAAAAAAGGAGCAAAUCUGCGUACGGUUGACUUAUUUUUCUUAACCUUUCCAGCCAUUGUGGGCGGGGCAAAGGUCAUCAAAGCCCCACCUCCUCGCAGUGGAGCUCAAAGCUUACCCAAUCAGCUUCUCUGGUUUCACCAGAAGUUGUCUGCUAUGCUUUUAACGCCACGUAGACUAGAAACCUGCUUUUAAAAAGCAAGAAAAGAGCACAAAGAGUUUUUAGGAUACAAAAGUCGGCACCCGGCGCCAAUUUCUAUGCUUGCGCAAUUGCAAUCUCUGCACACAAACUCUGCAAAUAAUACUUAACCUACCUCAAGAGAUGCUGUCUUGAAAAAGAACGAAACUGGAGGGUGUUUAAAAAAUUUUGCAUUUUUUGAAGGACUUGUUGUUGGGCCAAGUAUUAUUAAUAUUGUUAUUGAUGUUGAUAGUUUAUAUAUUAUUAUUCUUCUGUAAAUACCAAUCGGGAAUGUUAAUUUAUGAGACGACAAAUAAUUGUGUAAAUAACUUUUUAUCUGCAGCUGGUUUUUAACGCGCCAUUGGUAACGAUUGCAUCUUGCCUUUUUUUAAAAAAGAGAGAAAAAAAUAGGUCUUUCCUAUACGGAGAAUGAAUUAUUAAAAAUAAUAAAUUAUACCCAGGA